UACAUUUGCUCGAGCUCAGACUGCAGACCGGCUGUCCCGAGCUGAGCUGAUCUCACUCGCUCUUUAAGCACCUUGCCCGUGUGCCAUUGGCCACCUGCUUUGCAACCACGCAGCAACGAGAACAGAACAGUGACAAAGACGAAUAACGAAAGAUUAUUUUCUCUGACUAGAAACGACCAUUUAUUUUUUUCAUUUUAACGAGUCUAGGCUACAUAAAAGACAAUUUCGCACGAGAGUCGAUUUUUCAACGGAGAGCACUGACAAGCAUCUGCGCGCAGCAACCUGCAGGCUUUGUUGUUGUUACCGGAGCAAGGAGGAGCGCUAGGCGACGGGUCUAAUUAUUAAACCGGGCUCCCCCUCAACGGAGCCACUUGCAUGGAUACAUCAUGGCCACGUUUGUUUGCAGGGUUCAGUUUUUAGAUGACACCGAUCCAUUUAACAGCACCAAUUUCCCGGAGCCGACAAGACCCCCGGUGUAUACUUUUAGAGAAGAUAUCCCACUUAUCAAUCAGAUUGCAGGCGUUCACCGGCUUCUCAAAGCACCUCACAAGCUUGAUGACUGUACACUGCAGCUGUCUCACAAUGGGACCUACCUGGACCUGGAGUCUUCUCUGGCCGAACAGAGGGAUGAGCUGGAGGGCUUCCAGGAAGACACAGGGACCAGAGGGAAGAAGCACAGUGUUGUUCUACGCACCCAGCUGACCGUCCGUGUGCAUGCCUGUAUCGAAAAACUCUACAAUUCAAAUGGACGUGACUUAAGGAGGGCACUGUUUUCUCUGAAGCAGAUAUUUCAGGAUGAUAAGGACCUGGUUCACCAGUUUGUGAUGGCUGAGGGUCUGACAUGUCUCAUCAAGGUCGGAGCAGAGGCCGACCAGAACUACCAGAACUACAUUCUCAGGGCUCUGGGACAAAUCAUGCUGUAUGUGGAUGGGAUGCAUGGGGUCAUAGGUCACGCUGAGACCCUCCAGUGGCUGUACACUCUCAUCGGAUCAAAGUUCCGGCUGGUGGUGAAGACUGCUCUGAAGCUGUUGCUGGUGUUCGUGGAGUACUCAGAGUCCAACGCCGCGCUGCUCUUACAGGCCAUCACUGCUGUGGACACCAAGAGAGGCUGUAAGCAGUGGGCCAAUGCCAUGGAGAUCUUGGAUGAGAAGGAUGGCGUGGACACAGAGCUGCUGGUCUAUGCCAUGACCCUCAUCAAUAAGACCCUGGGUGCGCUGCCAGACCAGGACUCCUUCUAUGACAUGGUGGACUGUCUGGAGGAGCAGGGGAUGGAGGUGGUGUCCAGCAGACACCUGGGCAGGAAAGGCACUGACCUGGACCUGGUGGAGCAGCUCAACAUCUACGAGGCGACCUUACGUCACGAGGAUGGAGAUGACGACAGCAAGCUCCCUCCAAUGGGGCGUAAGGACAGCCGGCGAGCCAGCCUUGGGGGUGGGGACAAGAGGAGGGGCCUAGAGAGGAGGCGGAGCCGCAGACACUCUCUGGGGCGGUCGGGGAACGCCUCCCCCUGCAGCCCUGCGUCUCCAAGGAGAGGCUUCCAGCCCUUCACCGGCCAGAGAGCAGAGGACAUGAGUGAGAGUCUGCAGGGUGUAAACGAGGCAGACUUUGCCCCCUGGCCUGUAGAGGAGGAAUAUGAGGAGGAAGAGGAGGCAGAGGAAGAUGAACCUCCAAUCACAGAGUCCGAUUCUGAUGAGAAGGAGGGGGCAGAUAAAGGGUCUAGUCAGACCACGCCCAGCCAAUCAGUUACAAACCACACACCCAGUAUUUACAGAACACACCUUCAGUCCAGCACCGUUGCUUCGGGAAAAGACAAAUUGGGGAAAGUAAGAGAGGAAGAGGAGAACAAGAAGACGAGGAGGCCCCCGCCACCACCACCAAUACCUCCAUCGCUGGCAUACCACGUUCCUGCUCCCUCCCUCCCCGCCCCCACCAUCCCUGCCCCCUCCCCCCCUGCCCUAACUAUUCCUGCCCCCUCACCUGCUACCCCUCCCAAGCCUCCCCUCCAGCCCUCUCUUCUGGCGACCCUCAUGGCGAGGAAGAAGUCGAUUGUGACUGUUCCUGCCACUUUGGAAGUCAGUCCACCCUCGAGAGGCAUGUCGCGAAACUCCCCUGAUCGCCUCCCCUACCUCCCCCAAUCGCCCUUCCACCUCUUCUCCUACGACUUGGACGAGGAGCGCACGCCUCCAGCUCCACCCAAACAGAAGGAGGACUCCGAGACAGCUGUCAGAAACGGAGGUCAGAAGUCCUCUGCCUCAAACUCAAGGCCUGCCCUGGGAGGUCUCCUCUCCUCCUCGUACAAGCAGCACCAGGAGUCUCUGGCGGCCGAGAGAGAGCGCCGCCGUGUGGAGAGAGAGGAGCGGCUGCAGAGGAUAGAGAGGGAGGAGAGGAACAAACACAGUCGAGACUAUGUUGACAAAAUGGAGGAGGCCAGGCAUGCCCGAGAGGAGAGGUAUAAGAACUUGGAGAGGCUUGCUGCAGAGGAGUUUGAGAGGGAUCAUGUGCGGGUGCCGCGAACUCGACCUGACCUCAGCCUGACCUUUGAACCCUCGGAGGCUUGGCCUUCCUCAUCCAGGAGCAGCACCCCAUCCUCCUUUGCCUCGCAAGAGGAGCAGGAGCAAGACCUCGAGCCUGAGACUGACACCCCCGUCACUCCCUACACCCCCUCUGAAUCAGGUGAGGCGGAGGGGGAGGACUCCAGCGUGAGUCCAGACCCGGAGGAGAAGGAAACACAACCUGCAGAAGAAGAAGAAGAAGAAGGAGGAGGAGAGGGGGGAAAGGAGGUAGAGAAACAAGAAGAGGAGGUGAAGGACGGAACAGAGGCGGGGAAGGAGGAGGAGGAGGGACUAGAGGAGAAGGAACCGGAGCCAGAGAAAGAGAGGGAGGAGGAGGACAGUGGGAUCCUGAGCGACAAGGAGAGACAGAAUGAAGAGGUGAACGAGAAGGACAACUGCUCUGCCUCCAGCAUCUCCUCGGCCAGCAGCACCUUGGAGAGAGAGGAGAGAGGCAGCAGUGAGAAUGGUCAGUGGACUCAGAGUGUUAAGGAGGUGGACGUGAACGAGCAGUGCAGCAAGAUCCUCAACAGUAAGCUCUUCAUGCUGGACAUGCUGUACUCCCAGAAUAAGAAACCCAGCGACGAGGAGGAGGAGAGGGACAAGGGGAAGGAGAAAGGAGUGGAAGGGGAGGAGGCCAACCAGCAGUCUGACGGACAAGCAAGCCAGGAUGGCACCCCGAAACUGUCCCCCUCCACAGACGGUGCAACAGACAAGGGUGAGCCCCACAGCAACAUACGUGCGUUCGCUGAGCGCUUCGGGGACCUGGUGAAGGGUCUGGGUGUGCCCCACCCCCACAUGGAGACCCCUGCCAACGAGCCCUCCCCGCCCCCCCCUCCACCACCGCCGCCCCCCAAGAAGGAGUCGGACACCAUCUGGGACCAGCUGCUAGCCAGCCCGCGGGAGCUGCGCAUCGGCGACAUCGACUUCACCGACCUGAAGGAGGAGGAUGACAGGGACAUCCUGGACGCAGGCCUCCUGGGGGGGUCCAGUGACCUGUCCCUGCCUCCGCCGCCACCGCCCCCCUGCUCCAGCUAUUCCGCCCAUAUGCCCCCUCCCCCGCCACUGUUCGGCUGCCCCCCACCCCCGCCAGCGCUGGGAGGGGGGUUGGUGAUGAAGCCCCCGCCGCCCCCCUCCUUCUCCUCGCCGUCAGCCCUGGCGCCCCCUCCCCCCGAGCCCCCUCUCUUCCAGAAGAAGAAGAAAACCAUCAGGCUGUUCUGGAGCGAGGUGCGUCCCUCGGACCUGAAGGACAGGGACCACAAGCGCAGCGGAGAUUCCUUCUGGUCACAUCUGGACUCAGUGAAACUAGACACGUCUAAACUAGAACACCUCUUCGAGUCCAAGUCCAAGGAGAUAACCGUCACUAAGAAAACAGCUGCGGAUGGUAAGCGUCAGGAAGUCAUAGUGCUGGAUUCGAAGAGGAGCAACGCCAUCAACAUCGGGCUGACUGUCCUUCCUCCACCUCGUACCAUCAAGACGGCCAUCCUCAACUUUGACGAGUACGCGCUCACCAAGGAGGGCAUAGAGAAAAUCCUCACCAUGAUUCCCACCGAAGAGGAGAAGCAGAAGAUCCAGGAGGCCCAGCUGGCCAGCCCCGACGUUCCCCUGGGCUCAGCCGAGCAGUUCCUCCUCGUCCUCUCCUCCAUCUCAGAGCUCUCCGCUCGCCUGCAGCUCUGGGCCUUCAAGAUGGACUAUGAGGUCACGGAGAAGGAAGUGGCAGAGCCUCUCCAGGAUCUGAAGGAGGGGAUGGAGCAGCUGGAGAAGAACAAGACGCUUCGCUACAUCCUCUCCACCCUGCUCGCUAUGGGCAACUUCCUCAACGGAACCAAUGUCAAAGGCUUUGAGCUGAGCUACCUGGAGAAGGUUCCUGAGGUGAAGGAUACGGUCCAUAAACAGUCUCUGCUGCACCACGCCUGUACUGUGGUGGUGGAGAACUUCCCUCAGAGCACAGACCUGUACUCGGAGAUAGGAGCUAUCACCCGCUCUGCUAAAGUGGACUUUGAUCAGCUCCAGGAGAACCUGAUUCAGAUGGAACGGCGCUGCAAAGCAUCCUGGGAUCAUCUGAAAGUCAUCGCCAAGCACGAGAUGAAGCCCACGCUCAAACAGAAGAUGUCCGACUUCCUCAAAGACUGUGCCGAGAGGAUCAUCAUCCUGAAGAUAGUUCAUCGCCGGAUCAUGAACAGGUUUCAUGCGUUCCUCUUAUUCCUGGGCCAUCCGGCUUAUGGUGUGAGAGAGAUCAGUGUCCACAGGUUCAGUAAGAUUCUCAGUGAGUUUGCUCUGGAGUACCGGACCACCAGAGACAGGGUGCUGCAACAGAAACAGAAACGGGCCGACCAUCGAGAACGCAACAAGACCCGGGGCAAGAUGAUCAUAGACGUCAACGCUCCAUCUGAUGAUGAAGAGGAGAGUGAGUGUGGUGGGAAGUAUGCCCCUGGAAGUGGCAACAGUAGUGCCCCCGGUGGUGGUCAGGAGAGCCAGCAACCUCAAGGUCUGGGUCAUGCUGAGGAUGCAGCAGAGCAUGAGAACAUGAAGGCAGUACUGAAGACCAGCCUGCAGAGCGGGGAGAGUGAGGCCACAGGCGUGUCGGGGCUACGCACACGGACCAGAUCACGUCCUGGCCGGGGAGGUCGCACGAUGCAAGCGUGGACCCCGCCCGCCGAGGACUCUCAGAUCACCGGGGAUGAUGCGGCGGAUGAGAUCAUGGAGCGUAUCGUGAGAUCAGCCACUCAAGGCCCGGGUCAGAGGUCACAGCCCCGGGAAAGGAGGAGGUCACGAGCCAACCGCAAGUCACUGAGGAGGACUCUGAAGAGCGGUCUGACUCCUGAGGAGGCCCUGGCUUUGGGACUGUCCGAUGCCUCGGAGAUGCAAGUGUGACAUCUCUUUCCCAGGUCACCCUAUGACAUAACAUAGGAAUGGUCAUGGAAGUACAGCUCUCCAAGCCCUCUGGGGCAUCCUUGUCACACUGCUGCCUUCAUCUCCCUCCCCGGAACCCCAGGCAGCCAAUCAGUCUCCUCGUAGUAGUCCUGUGUUGCUGGUAUAGCAAAUCACAUGAGUGCUUGUGUCUGGUUGAUGAUGCUGUCAUUGUUGUGGUGUUUUUUUUCAGUUAGGGGUUGCUACAUCCAUUGUUAAUACCCCAUCGGGAAAAGAGGUUGGGCAAAAUAAAUGAAAAAAGAGUAUUAUCGAGAGAAAAAGGGAGUGUUGAAUUGUAAGGCCAAGGGGCAAAACAACUGAAACAGGAUUUGUGAUUGUGUUUAAACUAAAGGUUUGUUCGCGUAAGUAUACUGCCUCGAGGAUUGUUUAAAAAGUAUUUAUACUAGUUUUUGUUUAAACUGAAUGUUACCAUCGAAUAUACAAAUAUACAAAAAGGGACACUGCUUGAUGAGGGGAUGUGUUAAACAUUGCAAAAUUAUUUUCUGUUGACGAAAGCUGUGAUGUGUUUUUUACGUACCUCUCUCUCCAGUCAUGAUAACCUCAAGUGUAGGAAGACCUGUCAUGAUGCUUAGCAGUGGAGGGUCAUUAUGGAAGGCAAUGGCUAGCUAUUACUGAUUGGAUCCGUGAACCAAACAAGUACUGUAUAAAGGGAUCCACCAGCUUGGCCCAUUGCUACAAUCUCACAGCUCAGUCUCCUUUCAGAAGCAAUACCAACAGUCUCAAGAGGCUUCACAUGGAAGUAGUACUGUCUGUGAUCAUGUCUCAGUUCUAAACAUAGAAUUGGAUCCUUUUACAUCUUUUGGUUAUGCUCAGUAUGAAGAUAGAGCACCUUCCUUCUGUUGUGUGCCUUUCAUUUUAAAGAGACAGCGUAGUACUGUACCUGCCAUGUUUGUCAUCAACCUUUUUCAGCACGCUGCGACAUCACCACCUAUGGUUACAGAAAGCAACUGCACUUCCGUUUGCCAAUCACAUAGCUAGUUUGCCAAUCACAAAGCUAGUCACUGUCAUUGUUUAUUGUGGAAUGGUUAGGGCACACAACUUUAUUUUGGUAAAAUUGUAGUGUAUUUAUUGCAAAAACACUCACAAAACGAACAUGAUGAAGAAAAUGUACCACACUUUCACUUAACUUUUACCUUUUCACAUUCUCUAAAACUUGAAACUCAACAAUUGAAAAAAGUACAAAAGGAACACAUUUGUAUGUGGAAUUGUUUAUAAACUGUAAAAAGAAGACAAUGAAACGUUUAAAUUGUAAAAAUUAAAAAGUUUUGAAGGAAAUGCAGAUGAUUCUGUUUUAAAAAAGUAUUUGUAAAUGCCCUUACUAGCUGUGUUUUGUGUUUCAUGUUUUGUAUUAUUUUUGUAAUUUCUGUAGAAUAGUGUAUUAUAGUCUGAAAACGGCAAUAAAGUAAGGCUAUUGAAGGCUGUGAAUUGUAAUUUAAAAAUAAAUACCUAAAGGCAAUCCACGGUCAGCAUUGGUCGCUGAACACGUUGCUUUGUUUUGGAAGGGUUCUCACUUGACCCUGUUUCUUGUUUUGCUUUUGGUCAUGUGGUCAUGAUUUACUUUGAAAGGACUUUUAACCCACUUUGCCAAUUAUAUCUGUUCCACUCUUCUGCCUGUAGUUGCUGAACAACGCUUCUCGUCCUCCAUGUCAGUAGUAAGAAAUGUGUAAUUAACUUGCAACUCCCUGUACACAUAUUCUGCAAUAAAAACAUACAGUGAUACGUUUAA